CGGGUACGAGUGUUCUCGCGAUUAAAUACAAAGAUGGGAUUAUGAUGGCUGCAGACAAUCUUGGUACGUUGAGCUUACCUAUCUAUUCUCGCCAAGGGUCAUACUGAAAUUAUGUAUUGUAGCAUCGUAUGGCUCACUUGCGCGAUUCAAGGACAUACAGCGUCUACACCCCGUAGGAUCCUAUACCGUUCUUGCAGCGAGUGGCGACAUGUCGGACUUCCAGUACAUCCAGCAAACUUUAGACGACCUUCUCAUUGAGGAAGAGACCACGAAGGAUGAUGGGCACAAGCUUGGUCCUGCUGAGAUACACGAGUACCUCAGUCAAGUAAUGUACAGAAGACGCUCAAAGUUUGACCCACUCUGGAAUGCAAUCCUCGUUGGAGGAUUUAAGGACGGACAAAGGUUCCUCGCGUAUGUUGACCUUCUUGGUGUAACGUACAGUGCUUCGACUAUUGCAACCGGAUUUGGUGCCCAUAUUGCCCUGCCUCUCAUGCGAAGUGCAGUAGAGGGACGAGAAGACACGUUAACGGAGGACGAUGCGCGUGCGCUCUUGGAGCAGUGUAUGAAAGUCCUGUUCUACAGAGAUGCGAGAAGCUUGAACAAGUAUCAAAUUGCAACCAUCACAGCAGAUGGUCCACGCAUUUCUGAGUCCAAAUCUGCACAGACUGAGUGGGCAUUCGCGGAGGGCAUUCGGGGGUAUGGUGCGCAAACGCAAUGAAAAUCUGAUACAAGUAUUAUUGUCUUUGUUUUCCCUAUUGCUACAAUGUACUUUCCGUGUUGACGUACACUUUCCGACCAAUUCGCCAAUUACUUGCGAGGUACGCGUCAGUGGCACGUGACCCAUUACAAUAUGGAACAAC